AUGUCUGUCGAAGUCAUCAACACCAUCUCCCCCACCACCAACGAGGCCAUCAUCACCCGCAAUGGGGCCUCGGCGGCGGAUCUUGAGCAGCUGCCCAAGGUCGCCACCGAAGCCUUCGAGAGCUUCCGCAAGACCACGCUCAAAGAGAGGCAGGACAUCGUCAGAAAGUUCCUCAAGGGGCUUGGCGACCAUGAGAGCGACCUGGCCCAGGAGCUGACGGUGCAGAUGGGUCGGCCCAUCGCCUUUACCGGCAAGGAGAUUAGCACAGCGGUCAAGCGCGGCGAGUACCUGCUCAAGAUCAGUGACGAGGCCCUCAAGGACACCGACGGCGAGCCGGAGAAGGGCUUCAAGCGCUUCAUCCGCAAGGUGCCUGUCGGACCCGUGCUCAUCAUCUUUGCGUGGAAUUACCCCUACUUGAUUCUCGUCAACUCCCUGAUCCCCGCUAUUCUGGCCGGCAACACGGUCAUUCUCAAGCCCUCGCCCCAGACCCCCACCAUCGUGGAGCGCGUGGCUCAGAUAUUCUCCGAUGCUGGGCUGCCCAAGGGCGUGCUGCAGUACUUCCACUGCGGCUCCCCUACCGUCAUGGAGACGAUUGUCCGGGACCCCAGGAUCGCUCUGGUCUGCUUCACGGGCUCCGUGGCCGGCGGCUUGGCCGUGCAGAAGGCUGCCGCCGACCGCAUCGUCAACGUCGGCCUCGAGCUCGGCGGCAAAGACCCGGCAUACAUCAGAGAUGACGUGGACAUUGACUGGGCCGCCGAGGAGAUUGUCGACGGUGCCAUCUUCAACUCUGGCCAGAGCUGCUGCUCGCUCGAGAGAGUGUACGUGGAUGAAAAGAUUCACGACGGAUUUGUCGCAGCGGUGCAGAAGGUGCUCAAGGGCUACAAGCUCGGCGAUCCGUUUGACAAGUCCACUCACGUAGGACCCGUCAUUUCCAAGCGUUCCAAGGAGGCAAUUGAGGCGCACAUCAAGGACGCCUUAGACAAGGGCGCCAAGGAUGCGACCCCGGAAAAUGAGAGCUUCGCGAACCCGCCGCCCAAGGGCAACUUUGUGAAACCCACGCUGCUGACGGGCGUCGAUCACUCCAUGACGGUGAUGACGGAGGAGACGUUUGGCCCGGUGAUUCCCAUCAUGAAGGUCAAGAGUGAUGCCGAGGCACUCAAGCUCAUGAACGACAGCGAGUUUGGGCUGACGGCAAGCAUCUGGACCAAGGACACGGACAAGGGCUACGAGUUGGCCGAGGACGUGGAAGCGGGCACUGUGUUCGUCAAUCGAUGCGAUUAUCCUAGUCCGGAUCUGGCGUGGACGGGGUACAAGAACUCGGGCAAGGGCCAGACACUGGGGCGGUUCGGGUUCGAGCAGUUUGUCAAGUCCAAGAGCUUCCACGUCAAGGACUACCCGAAAUAA